AUGAAGACAUUCAAAUGUUGUUUUAAAUACCCAGCACAGCAGAAAGUUUUCAUCUUAUUUGUAACUCUCUGGCUGUUCUCCUUGUUGAAGCUUCUAAAUGUGAGAAGCCUCCUCUUCCCUCAAAGAGGCAUUUACUUGGUUGAAUCCUCCCUGAGUACCUCGCCUUUUGUAAGGAACAGAUACACCAGUGUGAAAAAUGAAGUCAGGUAUGAAGUGAACUGUUCAGGUGUCUAUGAACAGGCACCUUUGGAAAUUGGCAAGAGUCUGGAAAUAAGAAGGAGAGACAUCAUCGACUUGGAUGAUGAGGAUGUUGUGGCGAUAACCAGUGAUUGUGACAUUUAUCAGACCCUGAGAAAGUACCGUCAAAAGCCUGUUUCAAGGGAGGAGAAGAGCUUCCCAAUAGCCUAUUCUUUGGUCGUUCAUAAAGACGCCAUUAUGGUUGAAAGGCUACUUCAUGCCAUAUACAACCAGCACAAUGUUUACUGCAUCCAUUAUGACCAUAAGUCCCCUGAUACCUUCAAAGUUGCCAUGAACAAUUUAGCUAAGUGCUUCCCCAAUGUUUUCAUUGCCUCCAAAUUAGAGACAGUGCAAUAUGCACACAUUUCCAGACUCCAAGCUGAUCUGAAUUGCUUGUCAGACCUCCUCAGGUCCUUGGUUCAGUGGAAAUAUGUUAUCAAUCUGUGUGGGCAAGAUUUUCCUUUGAAGUCAAACUUUGAAUUAGUGUCAGAGUUAAAGAAACUCAAUGGAGCAAAUAUGUUAGAAACGGUGAAACCCCCUAACAGUAAAAUGGAAAGAUUCACUUACCACCAUGAACUCAGACAGGUGCCUUAUGAAUAUGUGAAGCUACCAAUAAGGACAAACAUCUCCAAGGAAGCCCCCCCUCAUAACAUUGAGAUAUUUGUUGGCAGUGCUUAUUUUGUUUUAAGUCGAGCAUUUGUUAAAUAUAUUUUCAACAACUCCCUCGUUAAAGACUUUUUUGCCUGGUCUAAAGAUACAUACUCGCCUGAUGAACAUUUUUGGGCUACCUUAAUUCGGGUACCAGGAAUACCUGGGGAGAUUUCUAGGUCAGCCCAGGAUGUGUCUGACUUACAGAGUAAGACCCGCCUUGUCAAGUGGAACUAUCAUGAAGGGCUUUUGUAUCCCCAUUGUACCGGCUCCCACCUUCGAAGUGUGUGUAUCUUUGGAGCGGCGGAAUUAAGGUGGCUUAUAAAUGACGGACAUUGGUUUGCUAAUAAAUUUGAUUCUAAGGUGGAUCCUGUCUUGAUUAAAUGCCUGGCAGAAAAGCUUGAAGAGCAACAGAGACAAUGGAUCACUAUGUCUUCAAAAAAGUUACUUAUGGCUAAAAAUCCCGUAAUCACAUCAUGA